UGUCGCAUUAGCAGCUAACGGGGACGCAACAUGGAGGAAGCUCGCUUUGUCGCGCCCCGGGUUUGGGUUAGCUUGCUAACGUUAGCCGCCGAACCGUGACUGAGGAUGCACGCGCGUGUUGUCUCGCCGCCGCGGUUCUUCGAGGAGCAGCUUCGUCGUUUCACGCUCGAAACUUCAGCGCGUCGCAGGAAAGCUGCGCCGGAGACUCGGCCUCGAACUCGGAACCUGCUGGUCCCUCGGUCCACCUGAUGAGUAUGAGCCUGACAACAGAGCCCUCUAACGAUGGUCCCGCUGUUACAGAAGGAGCCUGUGUUUCUACCCCAGAGGUGAGCAAAAUGACUUCGCCUGAGAAGAAGGAGAAGAAGGCAGACGAUGUGGCGGAGGAGGAGGAGGAAGAGGAAGAAUACGUUGUGGAAAAGGUCCUGAACCGGCGAGUGGUGAAAGGGAGAGUAGAGUAUCUUCUCAAGUGGAAAGGCUUCUCUGAAGAAGAUAACACUUGGGAGCCAGACGAUAACCUGGACUGUCCAGAUUUGAUUGCAGAAUUUCUGCAGUCCCAGAAAACCGCUCACGAUGGAAAGAGGAAGGCUGGAGAGGCAGAAGGAGACGAGAGUAAAUCGAAGAAAAAGAAAGACGAUACAGAGAAGCUCCGGGGCUUUGCUCGAGGUCUGGAUCCAGAGAGGAUCAUCGGUGCCACAGACUCCACAGGAGAACUCAUGUUCCUCAUGAAAUGGAAAAACUCGGAUGAAGCCGACCUGGUGCCGGCGAAGGAGGCCAACGUGAAGUGUCCGCAGGUGGUCAUCUCGUUCUAUGAAGAGAGACUCACUUGGCACUCGUAUCCGACCGAAGACGAGAAAAAGGAGGACAAGAACUAACACAGGGCGGAGAAAGAGAAUUUCACUGUACUUUCAACAGGGGAGGGGGCGGCAGAGACAAGCAAGACACCACCGGACUCAUUCGUCUCUUGGUGUAGUAUCACUCAUUUGAUUCUACUUUAAACCGGAUAUAGUCUAAAUGUAUAUAAGCUUCAGGUUCAUCUGAACUAAGACAGUGUACGGUCUCGGUAUCCAUUCGAGUUUUAAAGAGUCGUCCGACUAUUUCAGUCCGGUUUUCACAGGAUGUUUGCUCCAGUGCUCGGUCAUCUUGCUACGACGUGGAAUCUGAGAAGUUUUAAUUUCAUUAUUGUGCCAUUUACUCAGUUCACCGGUGCUUUAUGAGAGCGACACUGUAUCAUCUUAGCUGUUUCCUUAGGACUUGUUUGGUGUACGGUUAUGAAGUCUCUCUUUCAGUGAGUCGUUCAGUCACUGGCAAUCUCUGUAGUGUUUUUCAUUGUCUUGCUUGUCACUUUUUGAAAAUAAACCACUUUUUGUUACUG